GGGCUCGUGUCCUGAUGCAAUUCAUUCCCCCCUUUCUCUCCUAUUUCGGAAGGCAUUGGUUUUUCGGCCUAGGGUUUUUUUGGAGCGAAGGAAACCCUAAACGCCAUUGGAGCUGCUUCGAAUAGGAUCGUUGGUCGUGUCUUGAUUCAAGAAAUCUCUUCGUCGACGGAAUUUUUGCUUGUUUCGUUACGAAUAGGAUCGUCGGCCGGCGUUAAAUCUCGACCACCUGCCUCCGCCACCUGCGUCGCGAAGCCUUCUUCUUCACCGGCGAAGCCUUCUGCCUCACCGGCGUGGACUGUGGAAGUGGCUCUGCCGCUGCCCGAGCCCACCUGCGUCCACCAGACCACCACGACCCGUCGCGCAUCCUCGGGCCCUCGGCGACGUCACCGACGUCCGACGAAGCCUUCUUCUUCACCCUCUACUGCUACGUCGCAAGGGCUUGUUUCGUAUGAGAUCUGGUGCCACUUGCUUUUGAUAUCCCUGGGUGAAUUCGGGUGCAUAGAACGAACUUUCAUAAGAAAAAGUCUUCCAGUUCAACCAUAAAAAAUCAUAGUUAAUGAUGGCUGAGCCAAUGGCUACCGUCGGUCCAGAGCAAGAAAUGCCAGUGCUUCCUGAAAACAAAGUGACUGAUGCCAAAGAUGAUGGUGGGGACCUUCAAACUUUGCCAAAGGACCACACAGACAACCAGAGCUCUCAGUUGGGAGCGGAGCCUGAUUUGACCAGGAAAUCUGAAUCUGUCAAGAUCGCUGCCGAACACGAUAUAUCCAAGGAACUGGACGAUACACAUUUGGACAAGCCAACAGAGGAGACACAUUUAGAGAAGACAACAGACAACACACCGUUGGAGAAUUCAAUGGAAGAGAUAUCCUUUGAGAAGCAAACAGUCGAGACACCAUUGGAGAAACGAACAGAUGGUGCACCGUCAGAUAAGAAAACAGAUGAUGCACCAUCAGAGAAGCAAACAGAUGAUGCACCAUCCGUGAAGCUAACAGGUGAUGCAUUGCCGGAGAAGCAAACUGAUGAUGCACUGUCCGUGAAGCUAACAGGUGAUGCAUUGCCGGAGAAGCAAACAGAUGACAUGCCCUCGGAGAACCAAACAGAUGACAUACCCUUGGAGAAGCAAACAAAUGACAUGUCCUUGGAAACACAAAGAGAUGAAAUGUCCUUGGAGAAGCAAACAGAUAACACGCCCUUGGAGAAGCAAGCGGAUGACACCCCCGUGAACAAUCAAACAGAUGACAGACCCUUCGAGAAACAAAAGGAUAACACAUCCUUGGAGAAGCAAACAGAUGACAUGUCCUUGGAGAAACAAACAAAUGAUGCAUUUUUGGGGAAGCAUACAGAUGAUCAAGUUAUCAUGCCAACGACUCAUAUGGAGACCGAUUCUGACCAAAGUGGCAUUCUCAAUGUCAAGGCUGAAGCAGAGAAUGGGGCUGCAACUAUAACAUCAGAAAAUAAGACCAUAUCAGCAGUGACUGAUGUGAGGGAGCCUCAUCCUGGAGAUAAUUACACCAAAACACCCUCAAAAGAGGAACAGACAGCAGGAGAUAAUUCAACCCCUAUAGAGGGCUCAAAUCAGUCGUUCAUCUUUGAACCCUACUCAGAUGGUGAUGAUUCUGGCACAGAGGAAGAACAGGUUGCUUUCAUGAAGGAGUUGGAGAAUUUCUAUCGGGAGAGGAGCAUGGAGUUCAAACCGCCUAAAUUUUAUGGAGAAGCACUCAAUUGUCUCAAGUUGUGGAGAACAGUUACUAGAUUGGGUGGUUAUGAUCAGGUGACAGCAUGCAAGCUUUGGCGUCAAGUUGGCGAGUCUUUCAAACCUCCAAAGACCUGUACAACAAUUUCUUGGUCAUUUCGAAUUUUUUUCGAGAAGGCACUCCUUGAGUACGAGAAACAUAAGAUCCAAACUGGUGAAUUAAAAUUUUCCAUGGCAAAUCUUCCAGGAUCUAUGAGUGUUGAUAAUCAGGUAGGUGGAAAUCAAGGGUCAGGUUCUGGUAGAGCUAGGCGGGAUGCUGCAGCCCGAGCAAUGCAGGGAUGGCAUGCACAACGGCUACUUAACGGAGAGGUUGGGGAUCCAAUAAUUAAGGACAAGAACUCUCUUUCUUUCAUGAAGAGGGGCACAUUGAAGAAGAGAAAAGCUCCAACCCUAGAGGAUGCAGUAAAAGUUGCAAAAACAGACCCUGUUAAACGACAAGGGGAUGUAAUAAUUACUGAUGCCGGUGCCCCUGCAGACUGGGUGAAGAUAAAUGUUCUGAGGACUAAGGAGUUCUUUGAAGUCUAUGCCCUAGUCCCUGGGCUUUUGCGUGAAGAGGUGCAAGUUCAGUCGGAUCCUGCAGGACGUUUGAUUAUUUCUGGCGAUCCCGAGCAGCGAGAUAAUCCUUGGGGUGUCACCCCCUUUAAAAAGGUCAUAACCUUGCCUUCACGAAUCAAUCCACAUCAAACAUCUGCAGUAGUUUCCUUACACGGCCAGCUAUUUGUUCGUGCGCCAAUUGAUGAAUCAGAUGUAUGACACUGGAGAGUUGAGGGUCUCCCUUUUCCAAGUGCUGAAAUGUCUUAGACCUCACCAAGCAGUGCCAAUUUGAAUCCAUCACAUGCUACAGGUUUUGCCAUAGAAGCUUUAGGCUGAAGUGAGAAAAAGACUGAAUGAUAUGCUGACUUAUCGACUUGCAAAGACAACUUACUCUUUUACUCUAAGGUGGUAGUCGUAGUUACGUGCUAGUGUUCGUCUUACUCGUCAGUUGUUUGUCAUUACUCUUAUAGAUAACUGGACCUCGAAACAGUUUGUGUUGUUGCUCUUGUAGUGAAACCUGACGACGUUAAUCUUGACUUGUAAUAUCCUGAUUCAAGAAAACAAGGACUUUGAUGAUGAGGGUUUCUCCAUCA